AGUCACUAGCACAGGUGCUUUUAGCUCUGUAGCUUUACAAGAUGAGUGUAUUUGAUCAACAGACUCACUCUCCACCUCGCUGUGGCCCUCAGUUUCCAAAUAUUGGCCAGGAGCCUCCAGAGUUGAACAUCUACUGUGAGAGCAUCUUCCAUCCACAGACAAUGCCUAGUCCUCAACGACCUUCAAAUUUUGAAAAUGUGGACUAUAGUACCACAGCUAAUCCUUACUUGUGGCUGAAUGGAUCUUCUAUUACUCCAUCUUCAUAUCUGCCAGGCUCCAACUCUAGCCACUUCAUGCCACAGUCUUAUGGGAUGCAAAGGCAGCUUCUGCCUAAUAUGCAUGGCUUAGGAGGCUCUGAUCUAGGCUGGCUUCCUAUUCCUUCUCAAGAAGAACUUAUGAAGCUGGUAAGACCACCAUACUCCUACUCUGCGCUGAUAGCAAUGGCAAUUCAUGGGGCUCCAGAUAAAAGACUGACACUCAGCCAGAUCUACCAGUAUGUGGCUGACAAUUUCCCUUUUUACAACAAGAGCAAAGCUGGAUGGCAAAAUUCCAUUCGACAUAAUCUGUCUCUUAAUGACUGCUUCAAGAAGGUGCCAAGGGAUGAAGAUGAUCCAGGAAAGGGAAAUUACUGGACUCUGGAUCCCAACUGUGAGAAGAUGUUUGACAAUGGAAACUUUCGCCGAAAGAGAAAAAGAAAGUCUGACACUAACCCUAAUGGACAACUGAAUUCUGAAAAGUCAGAGGGCAGCCCACUCAAUGACAGUCUCAAGAAUGCAGAGCAUCAAGACAUGUUGGAAAGUUCAUCACCAGGAAGUGAUGAGUCUUCUGAAAAAAGAUCCUCUCCUCCCACUGUAACACCUUGCCUUAAUAACUUUCUCUCCAGCAUGACUUCCUUUGUUAACAGUACCAAUUCAGUAAGUAGGUCAAUGCCACUUGGACUUAAUGAAACCUCUGAUAAAAUGGGACAGAACAUGGUUGGUUUCAAUACGUACUCUACACUUUCAAACAUACCAAGUCAUGGUGGGUCUGACUGGUCUACCACUGUAUCCUCAAAUCCUUUUGGCUACAGUAGCUCAAUAUUAAAUCAGUUUAAUCCUCAUUUCUACAACAGUAUCAGUACAAAUAGUUCCAUCUACAACAGAGAAGGUACAGAGGUAUAAAAACAGUAAUUAACCAACCAAAUGGAAUAUAUGUAGUUUAAAAAAAAAAAAAAAAAAAACAUGCUUAAAACAAUAAUAUAGACUGCAAGCAAACAACUAAAGUAGAAUUUCAGUUCCAUUCAUAAAAAAUGGUGCUUACAUUUUCAUUACACAAGAUUACUGGUGGCUUAAUAAUGUCAAUAAGUGUUGAGAGACUUGUGAACAUUUAGCAGAUUUUUAUGCACUCUCCUUAUUACACUGUUGAAUAGAACCUGCUGAAAUGUUUAAUUCUAUCAAAUCUAUUUAAGUAUUAGGGCUGUUUAUACACUCUAAUUUAUACUGUUUGUAGCACAUUCAUUAAAUGUUUUAGUUGAAAAGAUGUGUGUUAUGUGAAUCUUACGCUAUGCAAAUCCUUAAAACAACAUUUUUUCCUGCAAAUUGAGUAAGAACGCUGACAUUUUUAUAUUUCUAAGGAUGCAUUUGUAUUAUUAUUUAGAGCAAAGUUGUAUAUUUAUACAUGUUUACUUUUGUAAAUAGUAUGUAAAUAAAUGGGAAUGGAUUUGUAUGGGGGUAUAUUUCAUAUGUUGCUUUUCAUCUGAUAGUGAACAGUUUUUUACUAAAUCUGUCAGUUUUUAAUUAACCAAAAAAGUUGAAAUUUUUAUGAAAAGAAAUGCUUUUUUUUGUUUAAACUCAGACUUGACAGAAAUGUGUCUUUUAUUGCAGUAAUAUUUUGUAUUUUCAGAUUUCAUUUUUAGAAAUUCAGAAUUAUUGUUUGUGUAAUUGUAUAUUACAAGAACAUUCACUGUUGGGGGAAAACAUGGGACAUUUUGUAAUAAAAAAAAAAUUAAUCUUA